AUGCCGUCUUCAAAUCCAGCGAGGCACUUUGCCUUUGCUCUGCUUAUCCCUUUGGUCCUUGCAGCAGCGAACUUUGCAUCUUUGCAACAACAGGUGCUGGACUCUGUCCAACGCUUCCUCAGUUUCGAAACUGCAGCUCUGCCUGUUGUUACCAUUUCUCAAGCUUCUUACGUUGGUACAAACAUUGAAGAUGAUUUUCCUGUUCCUGUCGAGGCUUGGCUGAGUAUCCCUUACGCUCAAUCUCCAAUCAACGACCUGCGUUUCGCCAAACCUCAACCCGUGGCUCCAAGUAACCAGACCUUUGAAGCCAAGGCAUUUGGUCCAAGAUGUCCUGGCAAACAGCUACUUCCGCCUGGCGGUGGUCCUGAUGUCUGGUCUGAAGACUGCUUGACUGCAAAUGUCUUUCGUCCUGCCACCAUGCCUCAAGGCAAGAAAGUGCCAGUUAUGGUGUAUGUGCAUGGUGGAGCCUUCAACCGUGGCACUGCAAAGAUGCACAAUACGGCCAGUAUGGUUGGAUGGAGCACCCAAGCUUUUGUGGCUGUGAGCUUCAAUUACCGAAUCGGUGCUCUUGGGUUCUUGAACUCGGAGUUGACACAGAAGGAGGGAGUACUCAAUCUUGGACUCUGGGAUCAGGUGUUGUUGCUUGAGUGGGUUAGAGACAACAUUGAAGCUUUUGGAGGUGAUGCUGGCGAUGUGACGUUGGUGGGGUUGAGUGCUGGUGCACAUUCGGUAAGUCUUUCCUCUCUGAUUCUGCAGAUUGUGAUACAAGCAAAGAAAGAAGCAGAAUCACUGACAGGGAUUUUCAGNAUUGGUCAUCAUAUCAUGAACAUCAACACCCCAUCUCAACUCUUCCACAAAGCCGUCAUCGAAUCAGGAGGUCCAACAUCUCGCGCCCUACACCCGUACGAUUCGCAGCUUCACGAAACCCAAUUCCAGCAGUUCCUCGAAGAAACCGGUUGCAAGGAUGUCGCUCCCUCUUCAACUCUUUCUUGUCUGCGUAAUGUCUCUGAAGCUACCAUAGUCGAAGCUUCUUACAAUGUCUUUGCACACUGGAACCCUUCUGUACGAUGGGCAUGGCAACCGGUUAUCGAUGGCGAACUCAUCAGUCGUCGACCACUCUCAGCCUGGAGAUCCGGUGACUGGAACAAAAUCCCCAUUCUUACUGGUUUCNNCAAUCACAACGAAGGCACCAUGUACGUCCCCAAAACUGUUGCUUCGUCUGCCGACUUCCGUGCCUUCUGGUCUACACUAUUGCCACAGUUGAGUGAGGCAGAAUUGGACGAGAUCGACGCUUUAUACCCCGAUCCUGCCACCUAUCCAGAUUCAGAGUAUACGGAUACAAGAGGCUUGGAUGUGGGUGCGCAAUACAAACGUCUAGAAGCCGCGUAUGGACAUUACGCCUACGUAUGUCCAGUACGUCAAACCGCUAUCCUUGGCUCUUCCUCACAAAACCCACCCAUCUACCUCUAUCACUGGGCAACCAACCGCACCGUCCUCGGUGGCGCAAACCACGGCGACCAAAUGUGGUAUGAAACCUUUGAUCCCUCUGUCAGUGGUAUCUCCGCCACACAAAAAGAGAUUGCAGGUGUUUUCCAUGAUUACAUAGUUUCUUUUGUGCUGUCUGGGGAUCCGAAUAAGAUCAGAGGGAGAUGGGAGCGUCCGACAUGGAAGGCUUGGGAACAGGAAGAGCAGACAAUGGUGUUUGGAAAAGGCAAUGAUGAAAGAGCUGGUGGUGGCCAUACAGGUGUGGUUGCCCAGUCUAUCGACGACACUUGGGCGAGAAAGCAAUGUGAGUUCUGGUGGAAGCAAACGAGCAAUGUGGAGGACUAG